UUGACCUCCUUAACGACCGCCAUUAAACCUUGGAAUCCGGGACAUUCUCUUCAUUUCUAUUACAUUGUUCGGCUUUGCACACGUUAAAAUCAUUUUACAUUUUAAAAUAAAAAGUAAACCUCUGAAUUAUGGUUGUCAGCAGCAUUAUCAGAUGAUCAUUGUUAAGAAAAUGACGCAGACUUUAAUGUUAUUGUAUUCUGCCUUCUUCGUUUCAUGCUUUUCUGACCAUUGCAACGUAUUUUAUUCGCGUUCCAGUGUUUUUCCUGUAACAUAUGUGGGCAGACAAGCAGCAUAAAUUAUGUGCUAAAGACAUUUCGAUCGAUUCAGUGGUAAGUUACCAGAUGCUAUCACAACUUUGUUUACUUUGAAUAAUUUUUUUUCCUUUUCUCCAUUGAACUGCGUGUCUGCAUUCUACGACACGAGAUAUUAGGGCAUAUCUUUUAGUGUUGUGGAUUGGCAGCUAGUUUAAAAGGGAGCAACAGGUUCAAUGUUCGAUUCUCUUUGUGCGUUGGAAUUUGGUAAACUAUAUAGUAGCAUCUAAGCGGUGCAUUCGAGAGGUGUUGAGGUAAAUGUACAGAAAUAUUAGCAAGCAAUAAAUCCUGUAAACGCAGGUUUCUGGUUGGAGUCUGGUCUCAGGCAUUGAGAGUGAACUCCGGAGUUGUAAAAUAAAGUUACAGAUUUGAUUCCACGCUGAUGGUCAGGAAGAAGGAACACAGGGACUAUAUUAAAACCCUAGAAUAAAAACUCACAACUACGCAGUAAGCCCUAGUUUGAAUUUUCCGGCGUAUGAAUUUGGUAUACCUGGAGCAUUGAAGGGCUAAAUAAAGAACAAAAUUUAGGCGGUGGUAUUGGGUUGUGCAGGGUUUUGGAGCAUUCGAUUUUGGUCCUUAUACUGCAAAUCUGGAGCAUCGUAGGGAAACAGUGCAGGGGGGUGAAAAAUAAUGUGUAUUAUGUGCGUGGCAUCACGGUGGUCACGGCGGAUUGUUACCAUGUUGCCGUGUGUCGUGAUUCCUCUUCUACUUUUAUGGGCACUUUCACAGGCGCUUCCUCCGCGUCUUAGGUUUGAGCUCACCUCCCCUCGGUUGGCAUGUGUUUUUGUGCUUCUGGUUAUCCUUGGAUGGUAUGAAGUCAUAAUGCCGCGGCUUUUGUUGUGGAGAGCGAGGAGGAGUGCUCUUUUGAGGGACAGGAGAAGAAUUCAGGCCCAAGAAGCUGCCAAAUGGCGUAAGGAGGCGACAAGGAGGUGCAGGAACUGUUUGACAGCUUACAGGGAUCAGGCACCUGCAGGAGGCAGGUUUAUGUGUACAUACUGCGGUCAUGUCUCACGGAGGCCUGUUUUAGAUAUACCUGGCAUUGCCUCUGGGCUUGUUAGUUCAGGGAUUCCAUCAAGUGCAGUUCUCUUAAAAGGGGGAAUAGCUCAAAUUGGCAUUCCCGUUCAAAGUCUCUAUGGGGGAAAGAAUCUCAAGUCAUGGAAUGGGAAAGGAUGGCCUGUAGGGACUGGAUGGUCUGGAGGCAAGUCAAAGAUGGGCGAUAGCCCUUGGGCAAAAGAAUGGCCUGGCGGUGACUCAUGGUUAAGGGGAUCUUGGCCAGGAGGGCCCAAUUAUUUGGGAGGCAACAAUAACAUGUUUGGAGAUGUGUUUGGGGGAGGGGAAAAAUGUUCUGCUUGUGAGUCAUAUCCGAGAGUUGUUAUUUUCUUCUUGAGAAUUGUAGGAUUUUUUAUCUUCUGCAUAAGAUGGUUUUGGAAAAAGAUUUUCAGAAGAGGUUCUCUAGGGGGUGAGCAAUCAUUAAGUUCUGGAUCAAAGGGAUGCUUGAGGAAGGGUGAAGAAGGAUACAAUGGUCAAGGAACUAAAGGAGAAAAAGCCCGGAGAAAGGCAGAAGAGAGAAGACAGGCUAGGUUAGAGAAAGAAAUGCGAGAAGAAGAAGAGAGAAAACAGCGAGAAGAGGUGGCUAGAUUGGUGGAGGAACAGAGAAGGAUAAGAGAUGAGAAAUCGAAGGCUGAAAGAGAGAGUGAACAGGAACUUACUGCACAGAGGGAGAAGGAAAUUAGAAGGGAGAGGGAAGCAGAUAGGAAACGUCAAGAUAAGGUACAUGAAAAGAAUAAGAGGGUGCCUAAGGAUAAACCACAAGCUGAUGGAGAGGAAGUGAGGAAGAAAGAACAAGAAAAUGGAAAGAAGGAAGAAAUAGCACGGAAGGGAGAAAGCAGAAUUAGGGAGGGGGCAAAAACUGCACCUUUCCUUGCUACAAUUAAAAAGGGUGGUAAAAACUUUAGAGUGUUUAGUACAGACACUGGAAUAAAAAGUAAUGAGCAGGGUAUGAAGGGAGGAAUUAAUAGUGUUUUCAAGGCUGGUAGCUCUCGAUAUUUAGUUCCUGUGAAAGGGACAUUUCAAUCUCCUCCCAAAACUUCUGCUUGGCAAUCAAACAAUACUAUGUCAUUGCCUAGUAAGAGUUUUCUAAUGAAUUUGAAACUUGGGACACAGCCAACAAAACCAGUUAAUUCUGGUGAUGUUGCUUUAUUUUCAGACAGCAGCAAUUCUGUUGGUUGCACCACAUGUACAGGGAACAUGGAUUCUGCUUGGAAUAAAACAGACUGGACAAAAUCUCGGGGGAAAGGAGGCAACAUUAUAACUGAAAGUGUUUCUAGACAAGAACUUGGUAAUGCUAAUGGUAAGGGAGAUAAAGAUUCUAGCACCGUUGAAGCUCAGAACCCUUCAGGGAAUUGUGUCAGCCACAGUCCAGGAAUUAAACAGUUGCAUCCUCGUGUGGGCUUUCAACUGCAGCCAUCAUCUCCAAUGGCAGAGAACACAAACUCAUUGGAUUCUCAUCUUACAUGUCCUUCAGCAUCAUGCUUAGUAGUUACUCCCCCAUACGUGAGAAGUUCAUUGGAACAUGAUACACAGUUUGAGGUUGGCAAAAAGUCUAUAAAUGAAGCUCCAGUUUCGUUGUCUUCGAGCCAUUUUGCCAAUGUCUUACUUACUUCAGCAGCCACUACAUCAAUGCCAGACAGUUCAGUUCCAGAGUAUAUUUCCCAACCAAUGAAUUUAGACAACUCUGUUCCAUCUCAUGUUAAUAUAUCACCAGAUAAGUCAGUACCAGCUGAAGGUAAUCCUAUUGAAGAGUUUUUAAGUCCACGGAAUCCUGUCUCUUUGAAAAUGCCGGUCUCUGAAUCACUUAACAGCUCUUCUUUGAACCUUAAAACCAAAGUUAUAUCUGACGCACAGACAAUCAGGGUCUCGUCUCCCAUGGGUGCACCUGUACGUACUCCUAUCCAGAGACCUGCACCAAUUGAGUUGCCUAUCUCCAAAUUGUUGCCUUCGGAUAUUGUUGAUGAAGUGCACAUCACUGGAGAUCAGUUUCCUCCAAUUACAGAACCUUGGGGCUUACGAUCAUUGUCUCUAGAUUGUCCACACGAUGCAUUUAAACAAUUCAAAUGGCAGAUGUGGGAGACACCACAGCUUGGACAGAAUAGCCUUCCUAAUUUAGUAGGACUUUCUCGCCUACCUGUUGGCAAUGGUGUGUUUAAACAGGGAAAUGAUUUUUUACCCCCAUGUUCUGAGGGAACUUUGAUGUCACCAUUUGAACCUGAAUCUCAUCUCCCUUCAUCCCUUUUCUCUCCACAACAGAAGUCUAGUAACCGAAUCCAAAGCAGCAGCAACCCCAUAGGUGGGGCAUCAAUUUCAACUAGUAAUAGUUUGUGGCUGAAUCAGCCAGCAUUUGAAUCUGCAGAAGAAAUUUGGAAUAUUCCCAAUCAUCAUCAGGUGACCCCCAGUUUUUCCAAUGGAGGUAUGAAAGGAGAAGUGGAAGAUUCUGUUAUCACUACGGAUUGCCGCCCAUACGAGCAGAAUAAAAGCAACUUUUGGCCCAAGUCUGGGAAGGAUGCCAUGGACAAGAGCAAGUGGUCAGCUGAAGCAGCUUCAGAAAAUUCAUGUUGGUUAACUACAAUAAAGGCCUCAGAGAGGCCACAUAUUGCAGGGAUUUAUCCUCCACCUCAUGUACAGUCUGUUUGGUCAUACAAGUAAAUUGACGUUGGUACUUUCUUGAUUUAAAUUUUCCACUUUGUUCCUCAGAUUAUUCCAUGGCGGUUGUCCUAUGAAUCUUUGAGUUAACCAUGCUUGGUCACAGUGCUUCUUUUGUCAUUUGCCAGCUAUAUAAGGCCACAUUACGGGGUGUGAGUUGAUUUGAGUUCAUUAGAGAUUCACACCAAUGUGAUCUGUAUGAGGCUAGAAACUGUGGCCUCAGGAUAGCUGUCAUGAAAGGAAUGAAGAGUACCAUAUUUUUCUUGUUCAGAUUCAGAUAUUUAGUUUGUAUUUGUUCUUGCACUUUUAAAAUGUCUUGUCCCGUGCCCAUAGGGAGAGUUAAGAAUGUUUUGUCACCCAUUUCUUGUUUUCCAAUACAACAACCUUCUUCAUGAUUUUUCA